GGGCUGGACACGUGCUGUGCUCAGGAAAGAAAGUAAAUUCCACCUGGCAAAUUGCUCUAACUGAUUCAUUUGUCCACAAAGAGACGCCACCUACCUGCAUGCAGGUAUUCAGGCACCUGUUCACCGAAGUUGAAGCUGGUCACAGCUUGGGCAGCCCAAGGAGCUGCUCGGUUCACCCAUAAGGGAUGAGAGCUCCCUGCCCGCUGCUGCUAGGAGAGCCUCAGACAGACGCUUGAAGAGGUGUGUGGAUGGCUCCUAGAUCUUGACUUGCUCCCAAGGAAAUAUUGUGUGACUGAGUUUCCUGUCAUACUGCUCCCCAGUUGACCAUGAACCAGCCAGAGCCUGCCAGUGACCCUGAACCCCUGUGUGCAGUAUGUGGCCAAGCCCACUCCCUGGAGGAAAACCACUUCUAUAGCUACCCGGAGGAUGUGGAUGAUGACCUCGUCUGCCACAUCUGCCUGCAGGCUUUGCUGGACCCCUUGGACACUCCAUGUGGACACACCUACUGCACCCUCUGCCUCACCAACUUCCUGGUGGAGAAGGACUUCUGCCCCAUGGACCGCAAGCCUCUGGUUCUGCAGCACUGCAAGAAGUCCAGCAUCCUGGUCAACAAGCUCCUCAACAAGCUGCUGGUGACCUGCCCGUUCAGGGAGCACUGCACCCAAGUGCUGCAACGCUGCGACCUUGAGCACCACUUUCAAACCAGCUGUAAAGGUGCCUCCCACUACGGCCUGACCAAAGACAGGAAGAGGCGCUCACAAGAUGGCUGUCCAGAUGGCUGUGCGAGCCUCACAGCCACAGCUCCCUUCCCGGAGGUUUCUCCAGCUACCACCAUCCCCUUAAUGACAGACGAGCCUGGCCUAGACAACCCUGCCUACGUGUCCACGGCAGAGGACAGUCAGCCAGCAAUCAGCCCAGUGGACUCUGGCCGGAGCAACCGAACUAGGGCACGGCCUUUUGAAAGAUCCUCUAUUAGAAGCAGAUCUUUUAAAAAAAUAAAUCGAGCUUUGAGUGUUCUUCGAAGGACAAAGAGCGGGAGUACAGUUGCCAACCACGCUGACCAGGGCAGGGAAAAUUCUGAAAACACCACUGCCCCUGAAGUCUUUCCACGGUUGUACCACCUGAUUCCAGAUGGCGAAAUUACCAGCAUCAAGAUCAAUCGCGUGGAUCCCAGUGAAAGCCUCUCCAUUAGGCUGGUGGGAGGUAGUGAAACCCCACUGGUCCAUAUCAUUAUCCAACACAUUUAUCGUGAUGGGGUGAUUGCCAGAGACGGCCGGCUACUGCCCGGAGACAUCAUUCUAAAGGUCAAUGGGAUGGACAUCAGCAACGUCCCUCACAACUACGCCCUGCGCCUCCUGCGGCAGCCCUGCCAGGUGUUGUGGCUGACUGUGCUGCGUGAGCGGAAGUUCCGCAGCAGGAGCAAUGGACAGGCCCCGGAUGGCUACGGACCCCGGGAUGACAGCUUCCAUGUGAUUCUCAACAAAAGUAGCCCCGAGGAGCAGCUUGGAAUAAAACUGGUGCGCAAGGUGGAUGAGCCUGGGGUGUUCAUCUUCAACGUGCUGAAUGGCGGUGUGGCAGAUCGACACGGUCAGCUCGAGGAGAACGACCGUGUGUUAGCCAUCAACGGACAUGACCUUCGAUAUGGCAGCCCAGAAAGUGCGGCUCAUCUGAUUCAGGCCAGUGAGAGGCGUGUCCACCUCGUCGUGUCCCGCCGGGUUCGGCAGCGGAGCCCUGACAUCUUUCAGGAAGUCGGCUGGAACAGUAAUGGCAACCGGUCCCCAGGGCCAGGGGAGAGGAGCAACACUCCCAAGCCCCUCCAUCCUACAAUUACUUGUCACGAGAAGGUGGUAGAUAUCCGAAAAGACCCCGGCGAAUCUCUCGGCAUGACCGUCGCAGGGGGAGCAUCACACAGAGAAUGGGAUUUGCCUAUCUAUGUCAUCAGUGUUGAGCCCGGAGGAGUCAUAAGCAGAGACGGAAGAAUAAAAACAGGUGACAUUUUGUUGAAUGUGAAUGGGGUCGAACUGACAGAGGUCAGCCGGAGUGAGGCAGUGGGAUUGUUGAAAAGAACAUCCUCCUCGAUAGUACUCAAAGCUUUGGAAGUCAAAGAGCGUGAGCCCCACGAAGACUGCGGCAGCCCAGCAGCCCUGGAUUCCAACCACAACAUGGCCCCACCCAGUGACUGGUCCCCAUCCUGGGUCAUGUGGCUGGAAUUACCACGGUACUUGUAUAACUGUAAAGAUAUUAUAUUACGAAGAAACACUGCUGGAAGUCUGGGCUUCUGCAUUGUAGGAGGUUAUGAAGAAUACAAUGGAAACAAACCUUUUUUCAUCAAAUCCAUUGUUGAAGGAACACCAGCAUACAAUGAUGGAAGAAUUAGAUGUGGUGAUAUUCUUCUUGCUGUCAAUGGUAGAAGUACAUCAGGAAUGACACAUGCGUGCUUGGCAAGAAUGCUGAAACAACUUAAAGGAAGAAUUACUCUAACUAUUGUUUCUUGGCCUGGCACUUUUUUAUAGAAUCAAUGAUGGGUCAGAGAAAAACAGAAAAAUCACAAGCUAAGUUGAAACACUGUAUUUAUCUUGUCAGUUUUUAUAUUUAAAUAAUACAUUGUAAAAAUUUCAGGAAAAGUGUGAUCUAAUGAAAGCCAGUUACACCUCAGAAAAUAAGAUUCCAAAAAAAAAUAAAAACUACCAGUUUUUCUUUUUUUGGUGUGGAAGAUUUCUCAUUACUCCACAACUUUGUUUAUAUUUUUCUAUUCAAUAAAAUGCCCUAAAACAGCUAAAAUGAUUUGUAUACCCCACUGAAUUCAAAUUGAUUUAAAUUUAAAAUUUGGUAUAGGCUGAAGUCUGCCAAGGGUACAUUAUGGACAUUUUUAAUUUAAAGCCAAAAGAUUUUUUAAAAUGCAUUGCUGAGAAACGUUUUCAUCAAACAAGAAAUAAAUAUUUUUCAAAAAUUA